GAACAAAACCAAAGAUCCAUCCCUUUUCCUCCUGCUCUGUGGCCUUCUCCAGUCACAAGAGGAAACACUCAGGGGAGAAACUCUAUGUUUGUAAGGAGUGUGGACGAGGCUUCAAUAAAAAGUCAAAUCUCAUCGCACACCAGAGGACACACUCUGGGGAGAAACCCUAUGGUUGCAAAGAGUGCGGGCGAGGCUUCAGUGAUAAGUAAAAUCUCGUCAGACACAAGAGGACACACUCAGGGGACAAACCCUAUGUUUGUAGGGAGUGUGGAUGAGGCAUCAGUAAUAAGUCAAAUCUCAACACACACAAGAGGUCACAUUCAGGGGAGAAGCCUUAUGUUUGGAGGGAGUGUGGGCGAGGCGUCAGUGAUAAGUCAAGUCUCGUCAGACACAAAAGGACACACUCAGGGGAGAAACCCUAUGUUUGCAGGGAGUGUGGGCAACACUUCAAUCAAAAGUCACAUCUCAUCACACACCAGAGGACACACUCAGGGGAAAAACCCUUUGUUUGCAGGGAGUGUGGGCGAGGCUUUAGUGAUAAGUCAUAUUUCGUAAGACACAAGAGGACACACUCAGGGGAGAAGCCCUAUGUUUGCAGGGAGUGUGGGCGGCGCUUCAAUCAAAAGUCACAUCUCAUCACACACAAGAGGAAACACUCAGGAGAGAAGCCGUAUGUUUGCAGGGAGUGUGGGCGAGGCUUCAGUGAUAAGUCAAGUCUUGUCAAACACAAAAGGACACACUCAGGGGAGAAACCCUAUGUUUGCACGGAGUGUGGGCGACACUUCAAUCAAAAGACACAUCUCAUCACACACCAGAGGACACACUCAGGGGAAAAACCCUAUGUUUGCAGUGAUACGUCAAAUCUCGUCACACACAAGAGGACACACUCAGGCGAGAAGCCCUAUGUUUGCAGGGAGUGUCGACGAGGCUUCAGUCAUAAGUCAAAUCUCAUCACACAAAAGAGGACACACUCAAGUGAGAAGUCCUAUAUUUGCAAGGAGUGUGGGCGAGGCUUCAGUAGAAAGUCAAAGCUCAUAAGACACCAGAGGACACACUCAGGAGAGAAACCUGUUGCCUUACAGCGGAUUUCAAGACCACCCACUCUGCAUUAG